AUGAAUUUCCGGGCUGCGGACGGAGCUCUCAAGAAACACUGUAUAUCUGCACCUAAACAUGCAACACUCAAGAAACACUGUAUAUCUGCACCUAAACAUGCAACACUCAAGAAACACUGUAUAUCUGCACCUAAAAAUGCAACACUCUUGUCUGCCGACAUCCAGAAUGAAAUAGUAGAUCUCAUCAAGACUGUGAUUGAAAGCAUCGUCCCCAUCGACUCUCUGCCGCCUUCAUCUGCACUUGUCACUGCCAUUCUGGUUGAAACUCGGUUGAAGCAGUAUUUGUCCUACUUGCUCGACGAAGGACUCUACGACAAGGAGGAUCAAACAGAUAAAAAAAUACUGGCAGCGGUGUUCAUACCUGUGAUUGAGCGAUGCCUGGACACAUAUAUGCAUCUGAGUACAACAAUUACAGAAGUGGUACUUGUUGGCGGUAGCUCUCGUCUGUCGUUGCUGAAAACCAUCGUGGUAGAUACCCUACCUAAUGCAUCACUCAUCGAGCCAGUUAACGUGGACCGGGCGGUAACACUGGGUACCGCCAGGAGGAUUGGCCAACUACUCGAGAACCCAGACAGCGAAGAACCCGCAGAAAUUACAGAGAUGGCCAAUCAUACCCUGGGAAUCAGCGUGAUCAACGACGGGUUUGUACCCCUGAUUCCGAGAGGAGCCCAGCUACCGGUGACACGGGAGAAAGGCUUUACCACAAGCGUGGAUUUUCAGUGGACGAUGAAGAUAGCAGUAUAUCGGGGAGAGAACGAGUGGGCAAGCCUAAACACGUGUUUAGGCAUGUUCAGUUUGGAAAUCAUGCCUAUGCCCCAGGGGGAACCUCGGGUGAUCGUUAAGUUCAGUUAUAACCCGGAGGGUAUGCUGACGGUAACAGCGACAGAAGCAUCUUUUCUCAACGAGGGAGGUAACAAUGACACGGGAAAGGCCAGAGGAAGCACCACCAUCGGAAAUCAAGAAAAACGAGGACAAAGAAAAGGAAAAGGAACUCACAUCGGAUGA